AUGAAGUUUGAUGAGAUGAAACGUGAUGCAGAAAUAUCUAAAGAGAUGAUGGAAGAAAGCAAGAGAGCAGAUGAAAAUGAAAGACGAAAGGAAGUUGAGAGGCAUCAAGAGCAAAUUUACUAUCAGCAGGACCUCGAACGGCAAUUGGAAGACCAAGAGUUAAGAAAGCAAAAUGCAUAUGAAGAAUUGUUAAAGGAAAAACUUAUGAUCGAUGAAAUAGUAAAGAAAAUUUACGAGGAAGACCGCAGUGAACGCGUGAUGGUCUUAAAGAAACAACAGGCAACGAAAGAAUACAUAGAAGAUUUCAACACAGCUCGAGAACAUUUGAAAAAUUUAGAACGACGUCGAAUGGAAGACGAAAAUGAAUCUAUAAGGCGAUUUGCACAGAUGCAGAGUAGACGAGAUGAAGACAAUUUGGCAAAGAACACAGCGAUAGAGGAGUCUCGUGCUCAUGUUCAAAAACUGCUCGGCGAAGAAAUAUCAAGACAAGCAGCGGAAAAAGAAGAACUAGAAAAUAUAUUGCUCGAACUAAAUCUUGAAGAGGAUGCAGAAAGGGAGAGAAUAAAGGAAAGAGAACUCAUGGAACUGAGAAUACGCCGAAGGUUAGACAUGCAAUCACAGAGAGCUACACAAAUGCAAAUACAGGCGAUACGAAAGGCAGAUGAAGAAAAGGAACAUGAGCAGUUGAAGCGGGAUAUGUUGGCUAAAUUUGCUGCAGAUGACAAGAUUGAACAGCUUAAUGCCCAGAGGCGUAGAAUGAAACAGAUGGAACAUAAACGUGCUGUGGAGGAGCUAAUGGAAAAGCGAAAACGAGAGUUUGCUGCAACAAAGGAGGCUGAACUUAAAGAGCUUCGGGAAAAUGAAAAUUUUGAGGCACUCCGAAUGCAGAUUGUUGAGGAGGAGAGACAAAAGCUUCUUCAAGAGCAUGUUAACAGAUUAAUUGGAUAUUUACCAAAAGGGGUUAUCAGGAAUGAAGAUGAUCUCAAAGGCCUGAGUCCAGAAGUGCAAGAAGCUUAUCAAAAGCGAGUUUUAAACCCAUUUACUGACGAAGCAUUUGAUAACUAA